CCACCACCACCACCUCCUCAUCCCUCUCGCCCACAUGUCGACGGCGCCACACGAGGCGCCCUCGCCGUCGCUCGAGCUCGAGCGCAUCGCCUCGUCGGGCGCGCUCGGCGAGCGCGGCUAUCUGGACCCUAGUGCGCGCCUCUCGCUCGUUGCCAGCGUCUCUCCUCCCGGUGCCGCAGCAGCCGGCGCACACGGGAGCAGCAGCAGCGGCAGUGGACCGCACGCAGAGACGUCGGCGGCGUCGUCGCAGACUAGUCAGAGACGCACUGGACCGCGGCAGGAGGAGAAGAAGGGACCCGCUAGCAUGUCCGCAGCUGCAUCGCCCGAAGACGACGUCUCGAAGCCGCCGGCUGCUGCGGAGAGGGGGAAUAGCCAGCCGCCGAAGCGAAGCCGAGGCGUGAGGGAGCGUAUCUUGAACUUCACGCCCUCCUGGUUCAGCGUCAGCAUGGGCACGGGCGGCGUGCACAUCCUGCUGCUGCUGCUCGGCGACGUCUGGGCGCCGUACUCGAGCGACUACACCACGAGUCCGCAUGCCUCGAACACUGCUGCCCUCACGCUGCCGACGAGGAUACUGCGAUGGUUCGCACUGCCGGUGCUGCUUGUCAACAUCUGCAUCUUCACUACCUUCAUUGCUGCAUUCACCUCGCGCUACAUCAUGUUUCCAGCGGUGCUGCCUCUCACGCUCAAGCACCCACAAAAGUCGGUCUUCAUCGGCACGCUGCCCAUGGCACUCCUCACCAUUGUCUCUACGGUCUCCCAAAUCGGCACUCGUGCUUUCGACCUCGGACUCUGGCCUACCCUGCUGGCCGUGUCACUCUGGUUCCUCGCCGUCGUGCUGUCGCUCGCAUGCGCAGUCGUCAUCCCCUACAUGAUGAUGAUCCAUCAGCGCCACUUGCUCGAGGGAACGACUGCAAGUUUGCUUCUGCCAGUCGUGCCGCCCAUCACGGCAGCGGCUACUGGCGCAGGCCUCGUCGAGAUUCUCACUAGGUCGCACCCGUCCCUUGCCUUUACGGUCCUGACGAUUAGCUACAUCUGCAACGGUGUCGGCCUGAUGCUCGCUCUGAUGAUUCUGGUGCUCUACUUUCAGCGCCUGCUGCUCUUCCACCAGCCGGCGCGCGAGGUUAUCAUCUCGGUGUUUCUGCCGCUCGGUCCGUGCGGACAAGGUGCCGAGGCACUGCUGCAUCUGGGCCAGGCCAGCCUCUAUCUCUUCCCCACGAUCUCCACACUGCCGGGUUCGGGCGUGCCGCAGCUGUCUUUCCCUGUUGGUCAGGCGCUGUACGGCGCUGGCCUCAUCGGAGCUCUGCACCUCGUCGGCCUUGGCUGCUGGUUCAUGUUCCUGGCGGUGGCCAUCGUCAUUCGCGAGCAGAGCCAGGGCAAGCUGCCCUUCUCGCUCGGCUGGUGGGCUGCAACCUUCCCUCUCGCCAGUCUGCUGAUCGGCAUCGGGCGCUGCGCAAUGGUCCUCGACUCGCUCACGCUGCGCAUCAUCUUCACGAUCCUCUGCGGCGCUUACGGCGUCAUUUACUUCUCCGUUGCCAUCCCGACCGCUCGCGGCUUCAUCACUGGCCACUUGCUCGUGGCGCCGUGUCUGGCCGACCUGCCUCUCGAUCCGCUGCGGAAGUACCGCGAUCCGCGCGAGGACUACGACGAGGCCAAGGCAUAGUGCGCAGCACUCGGACGUGGCGGAAGGGGCAACAUGUUACCGGCGGCUUUGCAUUGAACGGCAUUUCU